AUGAAUACGACUGAGUCAUUCAAUGAUUUAUUCGACUUUAUACAGAGUACUCCUAAUGUUAUGACUACAAUCAAUUCGUAUACAGAUGAAGAUUGGGGGAUGGGUUGGGAUGAGCAAGCAUCUAUUAAAAGUAUAAAGCAAGAACUAGAAGGAUUCUCUGAAAUAUAUAAAAGAAUAACUUAUAACCCGAAUUAA